ACACGCGGGAUAUAUCCUCUCUCCCCCACUGCAAAUGCCAUUCUCUGAACUCAUGGACCUGCUCCUCCUCCCCUUUACUUGCAAAAACCCUAGAACUGACCCCUUCUCCUCUUUGCUAAACCCCAAAAUUACCGAUUCUUCAUGGCACAAAAACCCUAGAAUAACGCCUUCUUAUUCUUCCUUUCUGACCGUGAAGAAUGACUCUUCAUUUCGUUUCUUUAAUGAGAAGCCUUAUCAGAGGCCUGAGCUCCAUAUAUUUUGUCCAAUAAGAGCCCCAUCGGCUCUGAGAAAUCGUCGCUUCGUUUCUGAAUUCUCAAAAAAUGGUGACCUUUCCGGUUCUAGGAGUUCUGUUGCCGAUAAUCUACAGACUUUAGCUUUGAAGAACAAGGCAGUGGAAGUCAAUUAUGAACUGAAAGGAACUUCCAUAUUUCUUGUCGGAAUGAACGGCUCUGUGAAAACCAACUUGGCAAAACUCUUAGCUGAAGUAUUAAGAUAUUACCAUUUUGACAGCAGUGACAAUUUGGUCGAGCAGGCUGCGGGGGGUGAAGCUGCUGCUAAAUCUUUUAGAGAGGAAGAUGAAGAAGGAUUCCGUAACUCUGAGACAGAAGUCCUAAAGCAGUUAUCAGCGAUGGGUCGCUUGGUGGUUUCUGCAGGAGAUGGUGCAGUUCAAAGCUCUACCAAUCUGGCAUUUCUGAGGUACGGGAUUUCGAUCUGGAUUGACGUUCCACUUACAACAUUGGCCAAGGAAAUCGUAGAAACAGGGAAUAGAUGCCCUCUAACAUGGGGCAUAUCAGCUUCAGACUCCUAUUCUGAGGUGCUGACAAAGCUAACACAAAUUUAUGAGGAAAUGAAGGGUGGUUAUGAAACUGCAGAUGCAAAAGUGUCAACCCUGAGUACGUUUUUUCCUCAAUAUACCGAUAGUUCAUCUGCUCAUCUUCAGGUGCACACACGCACACGAAAUAUCAUGGCUCUUACAAAGGGUCCUCCUCUCUCCUUACCAGAGAUAGCCUCUCAAUUAGGCUACGAUGAAGUCGAUGCAAUCACACCUGAAGACGUUGCAAUUGAGGUUCUCAAGGAGAUUGAAGGACUGAUGAGAGUGAAGAAAAUGAUGGAAGAUGCAGCAAAACCAUUCUGACAAAAACCAAGUCCCUCCCACUAUACAUUUAGAAGCCUUCCAUUUCAGCAUAGCUUUUCCAGAGCCAAGUUUUCAUCUCCUCCACAGGUUUCUAAUGCAGUUCGUACCUGGCUCUCUGGGAACCCCAUCUCCACCAACUUUUGAACCUGUUCAAUAACCCACAUCAUUCAAGAGCCAAAUAGAAUGUUUCAUGAUUAUAUGUUAAUGUAUUCUGCCUUGUCAUUGCCUAAUAAUGGGUACUCAUUAAUGUAAGCUGCUUGUGAAAAAAUUCGGUCAAGAUUGGAUA